AUGACCGAAGUAUCAUUUGCAAGAUCUUUCCUCGCAGCUCUGGACGCUCGUCCGGUCAAGCUGUCAGCCGACCAUGUCGAGGAUCCCAAGUCCUACGCCCCGCGCGGCGCCUAUAUCCUACCCAAAAUGCCGAAGCCAAUGAGCAAGCGCAAAGCCACCGCCGUAGCACCGGGCCAGGAGCGUAGCCUCACUGUCCUCGUCAAGUCCCUUCGAAACCCACCGCUAGACAUCAAGCUCUCGUCCCAGACGCCCAAUACGUCCGUCUUGGACAUCAAGACUGCCGUAUCGCAGGACACGGGGAUCCCCGUCGAUAAGAUGAAGCUACUACACAAGAAGAAGCCGAUAGCGGAUAGCAAAGUGUUAAAGGACCUUGCGGGCGAGGGGGAGACGAGCGUCGAGUUCUCCGUUAUGGUUAUGGGAGGGGCUGCCGUUAUCAAGACGACACCUGCGCAGGGCGAAGUUGCACAAGGGCAAAGCGGUAGCGAAGUACUAGAUACCAAAGAGUUUUGGGACGACCUUAAGGGAUUCUUAUUACAACGAGUACGAGACGAAAAGGCGGCCGAAGAACUAACAAAUACGUUCCAAAGCGCGUGGAAGGCCAAGGCGUAG